CGUGCCGGGCAGCCAAUGGGCGCGCUCGUCGCAGGAGCCAAUGGGGGCGGCCGGGACAUCGCGGCGGCCGUGGGAGGGCGGCGGGAGCGGGAGCGCGCUUUAAGGAGGAGGUUGCCGCGGCGACCCGGCAGCCGAGGCGAGGCGCGGCAAGGCGAGGCGCUCGGCCCCGCAUCCCCGCUGCGGCCGCCCUGCCCUGCCCCGGGCCGCGCCGCCAUGGAGCCCGAGCGCGUGGCGAUCGUUGGCAGCGGAUUGAUUGGUCGCAGCUGGGCUAUGGUGUUUGCUGCUGCAGGCUGCAAAGUGAAACUUUAUGAUAUUGUGCAACAACAGAUAACAAGCGCACUGGAAAGCAUUCGCAAACAAAUGAAGGAGCUGGAGGAGUCAGGAUUCCUGAAAGGAGCUUUGAGUGCAGAGAAGCAGCUGGCUCUCAUUAGUGGCUGUACAGACCUGAAGGCAGCAGUAGAGGGUGCUACUUUCAUUCAGGAAUGCACUCCGGAGAACCUAGAACUGAAAAAGAAGAUUUUCAGUCAGUUAGAUCUUAUUGUUGAUAACAAUGUUAUCCUGAGCAGCUCAACCUCUUGUCUCUUACCUACCAAGUUGUUCACCGGCCUUAAACAUGUUAAGCAAUGUGUUGUGUCACAUCCUGUAAAUCCACCUUAUUUUGUGCCGUUGGUUGAAAUUGUUCCGCAUCCAGAAACAGAUCCUUCAACUACAGAGCGAACGUAUGCUCUGAUGAAGAAGAUUGGUCAGUCUCCUGUCAAAUUAAACAAAGAGAUUGAGGGGUUUGUUCUGAAUCGGCUCCAGUAUGCAGUGAUAAGUGAAGCCUGGAGACUUGUGGCUGAAGGAGUAGUAUCUCCUACUGAUCUAGACCUUGUGAUGUCUGAUGGAUUGGGAAUGAGAUAUGCCUUUAUUGGACCUCUGGAAACCAUGCAUCUUAAUGCAGAAGGUAUUUCAAAUUACUGUGAUAGAUACCGUGAAGGUAUGAGACUUGUUCUGAACACUUUUGGACCAGUACCAGAAUUUUCAGGUGAAGUUGAGCAGAAAAUCAAUCAGGCAAUUUCGGAAAAAAUUCCAGUGGCUCCAAAACAGCUGGAUGCCAGGAGAGAAUGGAGAGAUGAAUGUCUCGCUCGUCUUGCCAAACUGAAAAAACAAAUGGAAUCUGACUGAGGUGCACCUUGUCUAACAGGAAAGACCGAAUGAAGAACAGGUCUUUAUAAAAAGCAGAGAUUUUUGGUGAGGCAGAAGAGGUGAUUGAAUGUGCAGGCAAUAAUAUGCACAAAUGUAGAGACCAAUGAAACAUUUGGCCCAAAUUUGUCAUGAUGUAAUUCACGAAUAACUGGAAAAAUUAUAAAAAAGUUCAGUUAAAACUUUAUCAAAUUAUUAUAUGCAUUAGAUAUGUGAGCAUUUAGUAGCUUUAGCUAUAUUAAUAAUGUGCAAUACUGGAACACAAUCAUGUUUUAAAUAAUGCAUUUUUAAACUUGCUUAGAAAUUCAGGGCUUGAACAAUAUUUGCUUAUGCAGGGAUCUGAAAUAGGCAAACAUGAGCUGUUUGUCACUGGAGAAAAAAAGCCCUCACCAGCCAGUCAAUAUGGCAGUGAGGUUAAUUUGUAAAACAUUGCACUGAACAAAGAGUAGAUUCACUGACCAUUCUCCCAGUGAAGUGAGAGCUCCACAGCAGUAAGGGUCGCUUCAAAUUAGCUCUGUAACUGUUCCACAAUAUAGAGGAAAGAAUGACUUUUCCUUUCCCUCCUUAUGGCACUUAUGUACCUAUGUGAUGAGUUAAAUGUGAGUGAAUAGAACAGAGCAGUAUUCCUCCCUUACCCCCUACCCCUGAUUCUGUAAGACUCAUCAGAAACCUACUCAGUUUUUCAGACUGUGCACUUGAUACCCCAUGACUUCACCCCAACUUACGUCAGAUGUCUGAUGCCAUUGAUAGGUGUUGCUGCAUAAAUGUGUGUCCCAUUCUAAGACUUUUCUAUGAUAAAUAAGAUGUUUUAAUUUAACAGCUUGAGAGAGACCUUCCAAGCUACACGACAACUUUCUGAGUGAUCUUGGGAAGCCAGUUCACUUCUCUGUUACCUUGUCUAUUUUGUACAUUAUCUGGAACAAGGACUGUCUCUGUAGGACUCGGCUGUAGUGAAUUUAACAACUGUGGCUGAAGGAAUCCCUCCAGAUAUCUGCUGCUUUGCUUCCCUGCACAGGGAAUUGUGCAGCUGCUUUACUGCUGCCUCUUUCUACAUGGGUCACAACAUCUGUAGAAAGACUCUGUCCUUCUACCGUUACUAUCACCAUAUGUAUAUGGUAAUAUACAUAGGUAUAUUGGGACCUUAUACAAGGUCCAGUAUGGUUGGACCUUGAUUUUAGCUAGAACCUUUGGGCAUUGUUGUAAUACAAAUAAUAAGAGUAACUUGCAACACAGCAUUGCAUGCACAUCACUUGAGUUAAACAUUUGAAUUUGUACUAGCUGGUCAUGUAACUUCAGUCACAGCACAGAUUCAGAAGUGUUAAACUCAUUUUUUAAUGUUUGGUGCAGGAGCAUUUUAACUCUUGUUCUUAGUGGAAAGCGCAGGCACACAAACAAGUUACUGCAAAUUAAUUAGUUACCAUGUUGUCAGCUGAACAGCAGAUAAAUUGCAUUGCCUGAUGUAGGUGUUAGGGCAAGAACACAUCUUUGUAUGUGAAACGUGGGAUAGGAUGCAUAGCACAGAGAUCUACAUCUGAACAGGUUGUCCUAUGCUCCUUUUAUAUAAUCAGUGGAGAGAGAGAAAAAUGUGUAAGCUCAAUUUAUUUUAUCCCUAUAUAGACCUAAACUGGUCAGGUGAAUCGCACCCUGAAAGUACCAGUGUCUUCUAUUGCCUGGAAUGGGAACAACAGUGGCUGGCUCAGUGCGCAUUUAGACGUCUGAAGUUGGGGAGGUCAAUCCCCACUCUUGGUGCCUUAUUAAGCAAUAGUAAAUUAAUUAUGAGACUGAUUUCUUCAUUUUAUGUAUAUCUUUGUAUUUUACACAAGGCCAGAGAAGGUUCUGAUUACUUUUAAGAUUAGGACUGUUUUGCUGUGGGCAUAUGAUACUGUCAUAGCUAAUUAUCUUGCAUUGCUUCUGUUUAUUUUGAGGUAUUUUAAAACUUAAUCACAUCAUCAAAUAUUUGUCUCCAUUUUUAUUACUUGCUUAUGAAUAAAAACAUGUAAUGGGAAUGGUA